UUUUCCCCAAACUUGAAACUUGGAAAUUAUAAUAUAUAUAUAUAUAUAUAUAUUCACCACCGUUUCAGAAGGCGAACGAGUAGAGAAAAAGUAGAUCUUCAAUCUCUCUCUGUUUUCCCUGUUUUGUCUUCGUGAAUCUGAUUCUGAAAAGCAGUCAAAACGACGAACGACAAUGGGGUCUCUGCCACCAUCCUCAUCGCCGCUCCUUUUUCCGCAUUCUCCUCCAAAACAAUCUCCAAUCCAAUCCUCCUUCAUUGACGAAAAUACCCUCCUCGAUCUCUUCAAGGCCCAGCAAAACCACCUCAACUUCUUCUUCCAGCACCUCGACCUUUCCCAAACCCUAGCCUUCACCACCACCCUCCUCCACUCCUCCGGCACCAUUUUCUUCACCGGAGUCGGCAAGUCCGGCUUCGUCGCCCGCAAAAUCUCUCAGACUCUCGUUUCCCUCGGCAUCCAAUCCGGUUUCCUAUCUCCCGUCGACGCUCUCCAUGGCGAUAUUGGCAUUCUCACCAAGCGCGAUAUAUUGGUCCUUUUUAGCAAGUCUGGGAAUACCGAAGAGCUUCUCAAGCUCGUUCCUUGCGCGAAGGCCAAAGGGGCUUAUCUCAUCGCGGUUACCUCCGUGGAGAACAAUGCUCUGGCUGGGGUUUGCGAUAUGAAUGUGCAUUUGCCAUUGGAGAGGGAGCUCUGUCCCUUCGAUUUGGCGCCCGUGACAUCGACCGCCAUCCAGAUGGUUUUUGGGGACACGGUUGCGAUCGCGCUCAUGAGCGCCAGGAAUUUGACCAGAGAAGAGUAUGCCACUAAUCAUCCCGCUGGACGAAUCGGAAAGAGUCUCAUUUUCAAGGUUAAAGAUGUAAUGAAGAAGCAAGAAGAGCUACCGGUUUGCAGGGAAAAUGAUUUGAUAAUGGAUCAGCUGGUGGAGUUAACAAGUAAAGGAUGUGGGUGCCUGCUUGUUAUAGAUGAAGAGUUUCACCUGGUUGGCACAUUCACUGAUGGUGAUCUGCGCCGUACACUCAAGGCUAGUGAGGAAGGCAUCUUUAAGCUUACCGUGGGGGAAAUGUGCAACAGGAAACCAAGAACCAUUGGCCCAGAUGCUAUGGCGGUAGAGGCCAUGAAAAAGAUGGAAGCACCUCCGUCGCCUGUACAAUUCUUGCCGGUUAUUGAUCAUCAAAGCGUAUUGAUUGGCAUUGUUACGUUGCAUGGAUUAGUUUCAGCUGGGCUUUAGUUUUUUUGCAUAAAUAUGUUCAUUUUUAUUUUUUGAUGAAUAUAAAUGUGUUAAUUUUGUUGUAUUCAUUUGAUGAUAUUUUUUGUGCCCUGGUAUUAGGAAUAGUCCCAUAAGGCAGGGUUGUCAUUUCAUUUGUACUACUAUUAUUCUGGUGUGAUGAAUAUGUUUGUUUACAGUUGUAAAUAUAUGACCGUCCCUUUCGAGUUUA